CGCUCUCGCACGCGGCGGCCAUCUUUAGUCUGGGCACAGUGUUAACUCACAGAUCUUUGAUCUCUCCAAGAAAUCUGCAUUCCAAUUCUCUGGGUGAGGCCCCAGAAAAGCUAGUGCGGCUCCAGUGACCCUAAGAAGAGGACAUGGACAGACUGAAAUGUCCCACUGUGGCCCUGUCCAGUGGCCAGCAUAUCCCCAUUCUGGGCUUGGGGAUGUCACAUCAUGGAGGAUAUUCCCACAAAGCACUGCUCUACGCUCUGAGGAACUGUGGCAUCCGACACAUAGACACAGCUAAAAGGUAUGGAAACGAGGCUCUGGUUGGAAAGGCUAUAGCCGAAAGCGGAGUGAAGAGGGAAGACUUGUGGGUUACUACCAAGCUGUGGCCUGGAGACUAUGGGUACCAAAGCGCCAUACAAGCAUGCCUGGAAUCGUGUGAAAGGCUGGGGCUGGAAUACUUAGAUCUGUAUUUGAUGCACUGGCCCGAUGCUCAUGUUCCUGGUAGGAGUGCACGAGAGGUGCGAGCAGAGACAUGGCGAGCUCUGGAGGAUCUAUACCAUAGAGGUAUCUGUCGCUCUAUUGGAGUUAGCAACUUCCUUAUUCAUCACUUGGAACAGCUGAAGGAAGACUGUAGUGUGGUUCCUCAUCUUAACCAGGUGGAGUAUCACCCCUUUCAGAGACCCCAAGAGCUGGUGGAUUAUUGUAGAAAAAAUAGCAUUGUGUUUGGGGGAUACUGUCCUUUGGCCAAGGGACAAGCUCUAAAUCAUCCAAUCAUCAUGCAACUCGCAAAGAAGUACAAGAAGACACCGGCCCAGAUCUGCAUCCGCUGGAGCGUUCAGAAUGGCGUUGUCACCAUCCCAAAGUCAACGAAAGAGGACAGAAUCCGCGAAAACUGUGAGGUGCUGGGUUUCACACUAGUGGACGAGGAUGUUGUGACUCUAAACUCCUUGCAUGAUGGCCGCCACGUGUCCUGGGACCCCACCAAUAUACUGUAGCAGGCACAGGUAUUUGACUUCCAUUUGGAACAGAAGGACCUGCAGUAUAUAUCCUCUCUGCACAGUAACAGGAAGCUAAUUCAUCUGAGUUAUCCUCUGUGGAAAGGGUGAAUCCAGACACAACUUAAACACAUCGGGAAAGCUGGCUUCCUCUGCCUCACAGGCCGACCGUGUACUAAAGAAAAUUUGUACAAACCCAUCUGGAAGCAAAUGGGUUAAUAGCAUGUUCAAACAGGAGUGAAUUAUUUUGUCACUUAGACAUUGCAGCACUGAGUGAUGUCAACAAUCAUUGCUUGAAAGGUUUCAUUGACAGGCGCUUGAAGUAAAAGAAAACACUGGACGUUUUUAUUUGUCUACGUCACAACCUUAUUAUUAUUUUUAUUUUUCUUGUACUUUUUUAUUUUGGGUACUUUAAUAACAGGCCUACUAUGUCACAUCAGUUAUGAUGUAAGUGCCUUGCGCUUCUUUGAGGGUCUCCUAUGGGCUGCUGAAUUCAGAAUACAGUGUGUACUGAUAAAUGGUCAACUUUCUGUCGUCCUACUCAUCUUUUAAACUGCACCAGGCUGCCCUCAUUGAAGCUGAAACAUACCAUCUUGAUUUUAAGCCAUUUCCAUUUUUACAAGCGGCAUUUAAUGAAUAGUAGAAGUUGCUAUGGCAAAAUCCUUUGUUAUGCCAGUCUGUAUUUUGUUGGCUUAUGCCAUUUUCUUUUCCACCCAAUAAACACUAAAUAAUUCAGGCCGACUGUUAAUGCCCUCUCUGAUUGCAUAAAACGUUCUAUACUUGAAUCAACACAGUAUAUCCUGGAAUUAUGAAAUUACAUAUACUUUGCAACAAUGAUGUCACUAAAAUUCAAACAUAAUUUAAAAGGAAUUAUAAAAAAAAUGUGUAUAUUUUUUUCUGUGAAAUUGUUUAAAUAAAUAUAUGGAUUAAGUAAUUA